UUCUGUGAACUUCCAACAGCCUCAUCUUCUGGAGGGGAAUCAUCAAUCUCCAGAUCAAUUACUUCUAUCUCCUUACCGCUACUGACAUGCUUAACAUAUUCAUUAGGCAUCCUUGCAUUACUCAUCGACAAAUCAGCAUCCAUCCUUGCUGUUGCUCUUUGGGAAGGCACACCAGGUGGGAAUAUAAGAACUGGCUCAUUGUCCGUAUUGUCAUGGAUAUCGGAAGAUUCUAUCAGGUUUAAGUCGCAUAUCUUGAAUGAACCAGGAAACUGCUGCUUCUCUAGAUCAUAUUCGUCAUCAAUAUUCUCUGGGCACUCAUGACUAUUGC